GGACGACGGUAGUCGGUCAGUCUCGCUCGCGUGUCCGAUCGGGACGGAUGGGGCUCGUGACUCCUGGUGAUCGCGCGUGAUCGAUCGGCGCGAGACUGGCCGCGGAGAAUCCGCAUUUUGCUCCGAUACUCGCCGGCACGUCAUCGCGAAUCAAUCAUCGUCGUGAUGACGCGGUCGUCGCGCUGGCGUCAUCAUUCUCGCUGAAACGUUCAUCGUUAUCAUCGCCGUCGUCGUCGUCGUCAUCCCCUUCCCCGUCGAUGAAGCGGCCUCGACAUGAUGCAGAAUACUCCCGGCGCGUCCGCCGACGACCGUGCCUCCAAGUCGGUCCUGCUCAACACCUUCGUUGUCAAGAAGAAGCGAUGUCGCGUCUACCUGCACCGCGGUACGCUCAUCUGGGAGACCGAGCGACCGCCUUACACCAGAUGGACGCUGCCUUUGACGGACGUUCUGGCGGUACGUUAUGGCGAUGAUUGGAUACCGGGUUUAAGCGUUAAAGAGAAACAACCGACCUCGCCAACAGUUUGUCCGACGAAUUUCAUUCUACAUUAUGCAGUUCGCGGUUCCAAGAACAAAUGGCGACACCAUAGCGUGACCAUGAGCCACACGGAUCCCAGACAGAUCGCCUCAUGGGUGAAAACCAUCCGGAAUCAUCUUCUAAGUCUUACGUAUCGACCGCGAAAGGUGAUGCUAUUCAUCAAUCCCAUAGGCGGUAAAAAGAAAGGUAUCAGGAUUUGGGAAAAGGAUGUGCAACCACUUAUGACUAUUGCUGGCAUUGAGACAAAAAUGAUGGUCACCGAACGGGCUGGUCAUAUUCGUGACAUUUUACUGACGGCCGACUUGAGUGAUUUACAUGCAGUAGUGUGCAUCGGCGGUGAUGGCACGUUCGCCGAGGUAUUCAACGGAUUGAUUCUGAGGGCGGUCAAGGAUCAGCAGAUCGACCCCAACGAUCCCGACGUCAGAUUCCCUAAUCCUGUUUUGCCCGUUGGAGUCAUACCUAGCGGUAGUACUGAUACGGUGGCCUACAGCCUGCAUGGUACUACUGAUGUUCAGACCGCUGCUAUACACAUCAUUUUCGGCGAUUCGAUCGGUCUGGAUAUUUCAUCGGUCCAUAGCAAUCGAACCUUGCUCAGAUUGUACGCCAGCGUGCUUAGUUACGGCUAUCUGGGCGAUGUAAUCCGCGAUAGUGAAAAAUUUCGCUGGAUGGGGCCUCGCAGAUACGAUUGGUCCGGAUUUAAAAAAAUAAUCGCAAAUAAGGGUUACGAGGGUGAGAUUGAACUGCUGUCGGACCCGUGUCAUCCUGCAAGUAGCACCAGAUGCAUGAAAAACUGUUUACGUUGUCUGCAACACAUGCACAAUAGCGUUCCCGACGAGGAAAUCACCAGAUGGGUGACAGUCAGUGGAAAAUUUUUCAUGGUGAACGGCGCGAAUGUAUCUUGCGCAUGCUCGAGAAGUCCCAUGGGUUUUAGUCCUCACUGUCAUAUAGGCGACGGCUGCGUAGACGUGAUUCUAAUCCGACACACGUCUCUAAUAAACAAUAUCAGAUUACUACUCAGGCUAUCUAGCAAACGAAAGACUUUGUACGAGUUACCGUUUGUCGAGGUCUAUCGAGCAAGAGAAUUCACAUUCCGUUCUCUGCCAACACUGCAAUUCGAAAACGAAGUGAAUCAAGUUCGUUCAAACUCUCGACUCAGUGUAUGGAACUGUGACGGUGAAGUGCUCGACAACAUCAAUGUAAAAAUCAGAGUACACUGCCAACUACUGAAGGUUUACACGAGACGAGCUCAAGAAUCAACUCGGGAAACGACCUGCUUCACUUGUUCCAUGUGAAUAUUAAGCUGAACGAGGUCGUCAAACGGUUGGAUUUUAAGGUCGCGAUCCCGUUGCGCGACGCUCUCGAAAGCGUUAAAGUUCCUUUAUCUUGCCCUGUCAUCUAUUCUAGCGAGAUUAUCUUGCAGUACGGUAUAUAUGUAUACAUAUAUAUUAGGUUGGUCAAAGAAGUUUAUUCGUCAUUUUCCUACGUGUUUUCUUAUACGAAAAGAAUACAAAAAAGAGGGAGAAAGACAAACUCUUUGAUUAUGCUAAUAUUUCCAAGGAUAUACGUAAUACAAUACAAAUCAUUUUAUGUUACGUACGUCUUUCCAUUAUUUUUAAAAAAUUUGAUUUUUUAAAAAUAAUCCUUGAUAAGAAGUAGCGUAAUAUAUAUUCUGUUAUUGACACAGCGACAUACCUCGAUUCACAUCAUGCAUAUAUGUAGAAUUUCGUGUGCAGAAAUGAUAUAUUUAACUUUUAUUUCGUUUAAUAUGACUGUUUUACUUUUUAUGUGCUUUUUAAGAAUAUCGAACAUACCACCUUUCAGAGCGCUGUGUAAAUCGCGGUGACGCUGAUGAAUCAAUUUUAUAUGUAUUGAUUGGACAAGUUUAAAAGAUGCUGCCUAAGAUACGAAACAUUAAUUAAAGAAAUGGUAUAUUACUAUUGCGGUCUGGUUUGCGCGAUGCCUAAAAAUUGAAACAGAUUACAAUUAAAAUUCGCGCACCUGUCGAUUCCGUACUAAUCGCUCGCACAUUUAUUUAACAAGAGACAAAUCGAGAAGAUAUUGUAUUUAUAGUUUUAAGCAUUUUCAUAUACAAUUAUUUUCCGAUACUAUUUUAUUGGUAACGUGCCUAAAAAGAUAUUAUACUUCCGCAAAAUCUAUAUAGUUUUAUAUUUAAUAUAUUCUGUUCCUAUUGCAACUAGCAAGCAAAAAAAAUCUCGAUAAAAAACUAUUGUGCAAAUAACUUUUCUAAAAAUCGGAAAAGUGCAAUGGUACAAUCCUUGUUAUCGGUUCACCAUCGGGGCGUUUAUUAAAAACCCAUCCAGAAAUUGCAUUUAUCACGCGAUGCAAAAAAAAUUGACGAUGGUAUAAUCAGGCCGAUUGUACUUUUAUAUUUUGUACUUAAAACGUUUUAUAUUAUCGAUGCCUGUGUAGAGUAAAUUUAAAGUAAUAAUAGACAGAACAUUACUUAAAUUUAUUACACCUAUAUCCCAUUAUUGAUUGUAAGUUUAUUUUAACGAUAAAUUUUCAAUCAAUAGUAAUUGCAAUACUGUAUUAUGUAAUAAAUUUAAGUAAUAAUUAACGUUACCACGCGCAUUAAUUUAAGCGUGAACGCAAACAUUCUUACAACUCGCUAAGCUUUUUUUUUAUAUUUCUAACAGUUUUUUGUGUAAAGACAAUCAGAAUACAAAGAUGGUGCUUGAAUUGUACAGGAAGGUUUUGGGCUUUAUAAACUUUAGCUAUAUAAACUUAAUUUCAAAAUCGGGAUAUUACUAGUAAUUAAAUUUGAUUGUUUCUAGAUAGAUUUUUAUUCGCGCAGAUAUUUAGAUUAGGAUAUUUGUACAUUAACUACAGUGAAAAGAUGUGUAAUGAAAUAUAUAAAACGUGGAUUAUCUAUGAACCGCGAAUGUUUAUGUGCAAAUAUAUAUUUUGAUUAAGGAAACAAAUUAAAAAGCGAAGCUAAAAUCGAAAUAGAUAGAAAAAAAUAAGUAUAAAAAAACAUAUUUUGAUUUUAAAUCAACAUUUUUCCUCGCACACUUGUGCUCUCCAGUAUCGAAAUAUGCAUAUUUGCCUAAACGCCUUUCUGCGAUUUAUGAUGAUAUUCGCAAUUGAUAUUCACAGAAAACAUUCACAAUUGAUCGUGAUAGACGGCACGUCUUCUAUUUUUAGUAUUUUAAGCUGGUGCUAUUUUGCGUCGUGGAAAAUUGUAGACAUAGAUAAAUUUUUCGCUGCAAGCGUGAGAUAUAAUUGAUGCGAUUAUAGCAACACAAACGGCACUACAAGUAGCCACACAACGCGUUCUAUCCAUAUAGUCUAGCUAUAAAAAAAGAUUCAUCGGUGCUACAACAUUCGCAUUCGUCCUCGCUUAUCAUAGAAACUUCAAUGUUAUGCAGCUAGGAAAUGAUGCAAUACAUGUUCUAUUUUAUGAAAAAUUACACUUUGAUCAUUCUUUUCUAAGGAAAAUUAGAUUCCUUGACGUAAAAAUUACAUAACAGAUUUAUGCACAGGUGUAAUUUAUUUCUUUAAAUAAUGACAUAUCAUAGAUUUAUAUAGCUGUAUAUAGAUUCGCGAGAGAAUUGCUCUCUAUUACGUAUUUUUUGCAUAUUUAUCUUGCGAUGUAUCAUUGUCGCGAUUGUAUUUCUUUUCCUUGUUUUUCUCUCUUUAAGGCAGCUUAAACUUAACGUAUCGAUAAAGUAGUUGUUUAAAGCAAUUCUUCGUGGACGAUGCUAUUUUGAAUACUACUGGGAUUACAUUGAAAAUGAAAUUCUGUAGUUAUAGAAUACUGGAAAUUGUACAAAUAUGUAUGUAUAUAUAUAUAUUUAUAUUUAUAUACACACAUAUUUUAAUUGCAAUGUAUUUUUAGGAAAUGAACGACAGUACAGCGAAUCAAUGUGAUGAUUUAUCGACCAGCGAUUAUAUAUAUUAUAAAAUUUUAAUUCGUAUCAUUGAACAGAUGCACCGAUUAAUAUGCGGUUGCACAGAAUAAAUUAUAUCUUUCUAUGUA